CCUCUUCUGGAGCCGACUGAAAUGUCGUGCUUAACAGAACACUGUAAAGCUGUUCCCUCUGCUUCAUAUAUGCCUCAGAAAAAAAAUUGUUCUCAGUGAGUGUACAGUAAUAGAUACUCUCUCUCUCUCUCAUUCUCUCACUCUCUCCCACCAUAAAAACCCCCCCAUCCAGUUUCUCGUCCUCUACAAUCAAAAAACCGUCCUCUUCCUUUUCAUCUUCUUCACCUUCACACCGUUUCAGAGAAUUCUCACCAAACUUCUUGUUUCUUCUUACUCUUUGAAGUUAGACUUAAAAAAAAAAAAAAAAGAAAACUCAAAACAAAACACCCACUCACUCAAUUCGUCAGAGCAACCCAGAUGCCGUCCGACUCGGGCGACCAGUGUCGAAGACCGCCUAAAGCCCAUAACCCAGGAGCUCCACCACCCGAGCAAGAACACCUUCCAUGCCCGCGCUGUGACUCAACCAACACCAAGUUCUGCUACUACAACAACUAUAACUUCUCUCAGCCGCGCCAUUUCUGCAAGUCGUGCCGCCGCUACUGGACCCACGGAGGUACUCUCCGUGACAUUCCCGUCGGAGGUGGAAGCCGUAAGAACGCCAAGCGCUCUCGAACCGCCACUUCCGCCGGUUCCGUUAUCACCACCAGUUCGCUUUCCGACCACCACCAUCCGUUGUCCUCUGCCCCUGUUCUGGUUCCUCUGGCGACCAACCAAGGUGGGUCGCCGUUGCAAUUCGGCGGCUGUGGCGGCGGCAGUGGUGGUGGCGAUAUGAAGGCUAACGUGAAUGCGCUAUGCAGCGGGACUUUUACUUCUCUUCUCAACACUCAGGGACCCGGGUUUUUGGCUUUGGGUGGAUUUGGGCUUGGUUUGGGAACUGGGUUCGAGGAUAUGAGUUUUGGGAUUGGGAGGGGUAUUUGGCCUUUUCCUGGGGCUGGAGAUGGUGGUGCUGGCAAUGGUGGUGGCGGUACAGCAAUUGGAAGCUCGUGGCAGUUUGAGAAUGCUGAUGGUGGUGGGCUUGUUGCUGGAGAUUUCUGUUCUUGGCCUGACUUGGCAAUUUCAACCCCUGGGAACGGUCUCAAAUGAAUGAUCUUUCUUUUCAUUUCUAUUUUUAUUUUUUUUUAUUUCUCUUCUUCCCUCUUUUCUUUUUUCUUCUUUUUUAUGGGUUUUAAUGGAAGUUAUGGUUUAGAGUUUGAAGGACUUAAUUUAGUUCUGAUGGUAAAUUUAGCUCUAAGAAAUCAGAAAGAAAGUUACGACCUUUUUUUAUUUUUAUUUUUUAUUUUUCUUCUUCCCCUUUGUAAUCACUAUGCCCAUUGCUAUAAUAUUGUUAGUUUUGCAAA